UCUUGUGAUUGCUAGUCUUGCCGUCACAUGAUAGACUUAAGAUGGCUCCAGUGACAGAAGAACAGUUUGCAGCUCUGCAGAUCUUAUUGAAGGCUUCCUCAAAGGACGUAGUUAGACAGCUAUGCCAAGAGUGCUUUUCUAGCUCAACAGGAAGCUCAAGCAAAUUGAUUGACAGCACCUGUUCCAAACUGUCUGUGACAUCAGAAGAAGCAGCUCAACUGGUCUGCUCUUUGCACAACCUCACCAGGCACAUUGUGUAUCGGGGCCUGUCAUCUGCAGAAGAAAUUCUCUCUCUUUUCCCAGAGAACUUCCACCAGAGCCUAAAAAACCUCCUGACCAAGAUAAUUUUGGAAAAUGUCGCUGUCUGGAGGAACGAAGCACAAUCAAGUCAGAUCUCCCUACCUCGGCUGGUUGACAUGGACUGGAGAGUGGACAUCAAGACCUCCUCGGACAGCAUCGGCAGAAUGGCAGUACCCACCUGUCUACUACAGUUGAAGGUUCAGGAAGAUCCUGCCCUGUGUGAGGACAACCCUGUGAUCUCCGCAGUGACUGUGGAGCUGAAUAAGGAAACCCUGGACACUAUGUUAGAGGGGCUGGGAAGGAUCCGAGACCAACUCUCUGCUGUUGCAAACAAAUGAAUGCCUGAGAUGUGAAUUUCACCUGCCAUUUAUACCUGGGAAGGAACUCUCUUCUAUUGCAAAUAGAGUUCUGAUAGCUUACAGGCUGGUAUCUCUUUCUAUACUAAACAAGAUUAAAAAAUGGGUGGGUUGAUUUUUUGGGGGGGGGGGGAGGAAAGGGAGGUAGUAACACGACUAUCCAAAAGCAGACGUUUGAAUGUGCACUGGCUUUGGUGCCAAAUGUAUUUUACUAAUGUUGAAGAAACUCCUCUCCUAUUCGGAGAAGGAUUUAAAGGCUCAGAGCCUGGCUUAAUCAUAAGGGUUGUAAUGGGAAAUAGCGUUCGCUCCACUGGCUGCUGCUAUUUCCCUGCCCUGAGAUUAGGGACGAAAAGACUGAGGGUAGCUGAUGGGCUGGCUUCCAGCAUUACCAGACAAUGAGGGCGCUUCUCUCUUGAAGGAGUGUGUACUGAGGUGCAUGCUUCUCACUCUGUCUCAAUCAGGCACAGCUGUGCUACAGAUCGUUACUAUGGAAUAAUGUUUUGAAAUAGGGCAAUUAUGCAGUGGAGUAUUCCUCUCUGAUUGGCUCCAUAUUACUCUUUGCACAAUAACUAGCCUGAGCACAUCACUGUAAGUAAGUGGGUUGGAACAUCUUUAGUAGAAAGUCAUUUCUUCCUUCUGGCAGAAAAGAAAAGGGGGGUGGGUUUGCUCACUUACAUUGGGUUUAAGAGACUUAGGCUUUGUCUUCCCUGAAGAACAAAAAAUAAAAGUGUGAAGAUAGAUUUAGAUGGUGAAGAAUAAGUAGCAACUGUGUGUACCACAGCUGGUGCCUGUAACACACUCCCCCUCCCCCCAUAAUGUGCAGUUAUAUCAUCUUCAUGUAAAAUAAAUCUUUUUUUAGUAAAAGCAAAAAUAAACUGUUACUUGAUUGUAUUCAGAAUAAA